GCUCACUGAAUUGGUAAGGUGAUGUAUUCUGCGUGUUGAAUCUGUCAAGCUUUCACUGACAGUGCCAUCAUCAACAAUGUCUUCAGAAGGUCAGAAGGUACGUUUAAUACCACAAACAGGUCCUUGUGGAGAAGCAGCAAGAACCAGACUUUCAGAUGGGUAUUGGUUUAAUGAAGUCUCUCCAUCAUGUUAGAGCGCCCUCUACCAGAUAACCCCAACACUGGACAAUUGAUUUUCCAUUGAAGUGUUGAAGUUGCAGUCCCACCUGGAGAACCCCGCUAAGUAUCACCUUCAGCAGAGCCAGAGGCAGCAGGUGAAGCAUUACCUGUCCAGUGCGCUGGGAGCCAAGCUAAGCCAACAGGCCAGCACAGGGCCUGGUUCCAGCCAGCCACCAGAGCACGGCAUGCCACCUGGACCAGGAACCAGUGCUCCCCAUAGCCCUAUGGCCCUUCUCACCCUCAACUGUGAGAAAGAGAUGGACGAUGUAAUUGAAGACAUCAUAAGUUUGGAAUCGAGCUAUAACGAUGACAUUCUUGGCUACAUGGAUGCAGGACUUCCAAUGACUAAUACGAUUCCUCUCUCUGGAAACUUGUUGGACAUGUACAGCAAUCACACUCUUCCUCCAUCAGGGGUUCCCAUUAGCAACUGCCCAUCUAAUCUAGCUGUCAAAAGGGAAUUAUCUGUUACCUCAUCACCUGGCAUGAUGCACAUUAUGGACACACCUGGACCGUGUGGCAAAUUUGACUCUUAUCAAAGGCAGGAAGGCUUUCCAGUAGAGGCAGAGGUCAGAGCAAUGGCAAAAGAGAGACAAAAGAAGGACAACCAUAACCUAAUUGAACGAAGACGGCGGUUUAAUAUAAAUGAUAGAAUUAAGGAGCUGGGGACAUUAAUUCCCAAGUCUAAUGACCCGGACAUGAGGUGGAACAAGGGGACCAUUUUGAAGGCUUCCGUUGAUUAUAUUAGGAAAUUGCAGAAAGAGCAGCAUAAAGCAAAAGAGCUGGAGAACAGGCACAAGAGAUUAGAGCAUGCAAAUAGACAUCUACUGCUUCGGAUUCAGGAGCUUGAAAUGCAAGCCCGCGCUCAUGGACUCGCCGUUGUUUCCUCGCCCACACUUUAUUCCUCCGAACUGAUUGCUCGAGCGAUCAAGCAAGAGCCCAGUAUAGGGGACUGCACCUCUGAUCUAUACCCCCACCUCCCCAGCCCUGACGUCUCCUGGCCCACCACUCUGGACCUCAAUAACGGCACCAUCAGCUACGAUGAUAGCCCCACAGAGGAGGAGGAACCGGGGGUCUAUGACAGCCCCACCAAGGUCUCCAGCAAGCUGGAGGACAUGCUUAUGGACAACACUCUGUCUCCAGUGGGCACCAUUGACCCUCUGUCUCCAGUAGGCACCACUGAACCCCUGCUGUCCUCUGGGUCUCCUAUUCCAUCCAACAACAGCAGUAGGAGCAGUAUGGAUGAACAUGAGAAUGGCUGUUAGCAUUGCAAAGAAACUUGGAGGAAUCAAAAUUAGAUGAUAUGUUUCUUUUUUUGUAUAAUGAAGUGUUACCUGAGAAUGUGGAGUCUACACUAGUUCAGUAGUUUUGGCUUGUUUUCCAGUAAAAAUAUCUAAACAUCCUUUAAAGAUACAUUUACUUGAGAAGCAAAAUUGUGUAAGAUAUUAAGACUUGUUUUCAAGACAUGAAUUAAGGUUAUUUUUCUUGUUAUAAGCAUAAACCUAACUUUUUGUGAGAUUUAUGCUUAAAAUUAGAAAAACCAGUUUGCCAAGGGAGUAAAAAUAAACGUAAUCAAGAUUCUGUAUAUACUCUCACUGAGCACUUUAUUAGGAACACCUAAUAAAACAUCUACUUAUUCAUGCAGUUAUCUAAUCAGCCAAUCGUGUGGCAGCAGUGCAAUGCAUAAAAUCAUGCAGAUCAGGCGCUUCAGUUAAUGUUCACAUCAACCAUCAGAAUGGGAGAAAAAAAAAGUGAUCUCAGUGAUUUUGACCGUGGCAUGAUUGUUGGUGUCAGAUUGGCUGGUUCGAGUAUUUCUGUAUACGGUAAUGAAGAUAACUGCUCUAUUCAAUUGUAGUGAGCAGAAUAGUAUCUCAGAAUGCACAACAUGUUGAACCUUGAGGUGAAAGACCACAUUGGGCACUUUAUUUGGACCGUAGCGUUUGUAAUAAAGUGCUAAUUGAGUGUAUGCUGAAAACAAGUCUUAAUAUCAUAUGCAGUUUUGCUUCUCAAAUUUAUCUUUUCAUGAUGUUUACAUAUUUUUACUGGACAAUAAAACAAAUAUUUAUUUUUUUGCAGUGUAUUGGAAAAUGGUAUCAUAUGGCAUGUUACAUUCAGUUGAGGUGUGUACACAAGGUGGUUUCCUUUUAAUCCAAAUGAUGUGUAACAUGAAGACCACAAUUAAGUGCAGUAUUUAUAUUUACAGUAUUAUUUUUUUAGAAUAUUUAGUGUAUAUAUUUUUUCAUGUAUCAUCUGAGUAAUGGGUGUCAAACUCAGUUCCUGGAGGGCUGCAGCCCUGCAGAGUUUAGUUCCAGCCCUGCUCCAAAAUGCCACCUUGUAAUCUUCAAGCACUCCUGAAGACCUUGAUUAGCUGCUUCAGGUGUGUUUAACUGGGGUUGGAGCUAAACUCUGCUGGACUGUGGCCCUCCAGGAACUGAGUUUGACACCCCUGAGUGUACUAGUUUAGAAUGACUGUGGUUUUAACUGUGUUGAUUUUAUGAAGGAUUUCUCUGAAAACAAUAUGAAGAAUUGCCAGACAGCUAAAGUGGAAUUCCAGCAUGAAACCAUUAGGUUUCAAAGUAUACUGUGUUUUAGAGCACAUUUGUAAUUGUAUUGCUAAUAUGAACCUUACAUUGAACAUUAGUUAGGUAAGCUGAUUGUCAAAUUGUGGCCCCCAAAAACUGCCAUUGAUUACACCUAUUUGUGUGCCUUAUCUGUAGAAGUAUACAAUACUGAGGGUUAGGAAUGUUAUCUCUAAAAGUCAUACUAUUUUACCAAAGCACUACCAAAGUUCAAGUCUUUAGAGGACCUUGAUAUUGUCUUGGAUCUUUGCACAAGAUAUGGAAAUGUACAAGCUUAAAAUUUUGGAGUGGAGUAACCAGUAACUCAUGUCAAAGUGUGCCCAAUUCAAUUCACUUUAACGUAACCUUGAGACCAACUUUCUAAUGACCUCCAGAUACAUUAACAGAGGCCUGUUAGUAGUAUUAACAGUCUAAUUUAGGACAUACAAAUUAUAAGUGGUGCUUGCUCAUACUUACAGUAUGGGAUUUGAACAAACAUUUAACCCUAAGUAUUAAAUGUUAGCACGUAACCCACCCACCACUGUUUCUGCUAUGGACAUGAAUGAUACCUCAAAUUGUGUAGCAUGUUGAGGAGAGCUGUGCUAUUACUCUACUUUUCAAAGCAAUUGGAAUUCACCUGACAUCCUCUAAAACAGGUUAAAAAAUACUAUAGACUUACAUUGAGGGGUGGGCUCUUCUAAAAACAACAGAAAAGCCCCACUCACAUUUUCUUCCAAAAAUAUUUUGACAAACUGACAAAAUUUCAGACAUCAAGUGUUUGUGAAACUAGUCAUGUUCAUUCAUUGGCUAUGGGUGAAGUCUUUCACAUAUACUUCCUUACCAUAAGAGACUGAGGAGUUUAUUGGAAUUACCUCAUAUGAGAAGGUGUCCCUUCACUACCAUUUGAUCCUUGGACAUGCAUAUGAUCACUGUAGUUUUUAACUUAGUCUACUAUGUCACUUGUGUAGUUUGCAGGGAAUUUGACCCACAGAUUUCAAAUAGAGGAUUCUUAGAUACCUGCAGGGGGGACAAACUUUAGAUUUGUCCUCUGACAUGACUGAUAGACUUGGUUGAGUGCAUAAAAGCAGAAGAUAGACUAAAUUAUGUACAUUAUAAAAUUGGACCAGCCCUUGAUACAAAAUUCUGCUCUAUUCUACCCCACAAAAUUAUGGAGAUUGUCUUUUUUAUUUAAAUCAUUAAGUAAUCCAAACAGUGUAUACAGAUAGAUAUUUUAGUAAUACUAAUAGUAACUGAUGUUGAUCAGUUACAUUUAUAGGAAUAUUAAGGACAGUGAACAGGAUUAUCUUUUUACAUUUCUUUAUUGGCAGGUCACUAAUCAAGGUCACUGUUUCUUGGUUGAUUGUGUGGUCUACCACGACUUAUCUCUUAAAUGGUGUAGGACAUUU